ACACUAGUCCCAAGCACGCCUCUCUCUCUCUCUCUCUCUCUCUCUCUCUCAUCUACUCCAGUGCGCAAAAUUCGAUUCCCACAAUCGAACCGAAACAGUAUCGGGUCUCAUUUUAUCGGGUUCUGUUUCGGACAGUAUUAAAGAAAAGCAUACUCUUUGUAACUGUUCUGAACUUUACUAUCUCAGAGAGAAUUGGCCAUGGCUGAGAGCGAGAGCCGCGAAGCUCUCCAACUACAACAAAACCAAAAACGGCACAGUAAGGAACAAAACGACAACAAUUUAGAACUAGAAGAAGGAGAAUUAGAAGACGACGGAGAAGAGGAAGAAGAAGAAGAAGACGAGGAAGAAGAAGAGAGUCAACUCAUUGAGUUAAAACAACUAGCUGAUUCCCAACUCGUCGAGUUAUCGACCUCUCGUUUGGAGGAGUUGAGAGAGUCGCAAUCGGAAGCCUCAGUGGCCGCACCUUCCACGGAUAUAGUAUCGGAGAACGUUCAGUGUGUAGGUUCGCGGGAUAAUUCAGCUUUGGAAACGCAUGUGGAAGCUGAAAUCAAGGGCAAAGAAGUUUUGGGAAGUGUAACAACCCAAGGUGUUGCAUCUCAGACCCAAAAUGAGCUUCAACCUUCUCAGUGCCCAGCUUCCUUGUCAGAACUUUCACCAACUUCUGUUACACAAUCGAUAUCAUCUGCUCCAAGUCCAACUCUACCAGAACCAAGAAUGUCACCAUCAAAGAUUAAUAAUGUAUCUACACAAGAAGCAGAUCAACAAAAUUCUUCCGAUCUUAAAAUUCUUUCUGUUCCCAUUAAAACACGUAUUCUUGAUGGUUACAACUGGCGAAAAUAUGGUCAGAAGCAAGUGAAGAGUCCUAAAGGUUCUCGAAGUUAUUACAAGUGCACAUUUUCUGACUGUUGUGCCAAAAAGAUUGAAUGCGCAGAUCAUUCAGGCCAUGUGAUCGAGAUUGUUAAUAAAGGAACGCACAGUCAUGAUCCACCUCGAAAGAAUAAGCACACCAGGGAAAUCAAGGUUGCAUUAUCAUCUGGGCCUGUUUUGAGCAAUAGUUUAACAGAACAUUCUGUUAAUGUACUUAAGGAUUUGGAUCAGGCCACAUUGCCGAAAGAAUCUAUGCAGGAAACACCCAUGAUUCCUGACAAAAAACGGCAGAGUUCAAGUGGCUCUGAUGGGAAUGGGAGAAUUCAAAUCAAAGAGGAGCAUGUCAGUGAGCCUGAACCAAAACGAAGAGUGAAGAAGGAGAACUUAGAAUGUUCAGGUACUAUCCUAAAACCUGGAAAGAAGCCAAAAUUUGUUGUGCAUGCAGCAGGUGAUGUGGGAAUCUCAGGUGAUGGGUACAGAUGGCGCAAAUAUGGACAAAAAAUGGUGAAGGGAAAUCCCCAUCCCAGGAACUAUUAUAGAUGCACAUCUGCUGGAUGCCCUGUUCGUAAGCACAUUGAAACAGCAGUAGGUAACACAAACGCAGUCGUUAUAACCUACAAGGGAGUACAUGAUCAUGACAUGCCCGUACCAAAAAAGCGACACGGUCCGCCUAGUGCUCCCCUUGUAGCUGCCGCUGCUCCUGCUUCUAUGAACAAUUUGCAACUCAAGAAAACGGAUACAUUACAGAAACAAGUAACUUCAACCCAGUGGUCAGUGGGAAAGGAAGGUGAAUUAACCAGUGAAACCUUAGACCUCGGAGGUGAGAAGGAGAAAGCAAUGGAAUCAGCCCGAACUCUUCUAAGCAUUGGAUUUGAAAUCAAGCCUUGCUGAUAGACCCUUUCUCUAGACUAUGGCAAGAUGAAAAGAUUAUCUAUGCACAGGCUUCCAUUGAAAAUCGCGUAGCUGUUUAGGUUUGAAUUAUCAGGUUUGAUUUGAUUUUAUUUUUUUUCUCCUUAUUCUCUCUUUCUUUUUUCAGACAUUUGCAUAUUUGGUAUUGUACACAAUCAGGAAGCGUUUGGAACAUAGUAAGCUGAUAGUAUUGGAACAUAGAAUUGGUUGGCACCAA